AUGCGCGGGGCAUUCAUUACUUCUACCAUCCUGUCGAUCGCGCUGGGCGCGACCGCAGCUUUGACCGAAUCCAACCUUUCCAAGCACCCGGAUGUGCUGACUCUCAGCAACUCCUUCAACCCCGUCAAGGAGGCCUACUGGACCGGAUACCCUCACCACCGACGCACGCCAUUCGCUGUUUCGCCGAACGGAAAGUCCGCCUACGUGGCUUACCUGGACGACAGUGAGACGGAUGUGCAUGUGCAGAAGCUCGAUCCCAGCACCUUCAAGGCCACGGGAACGGCGGUGACUGUCGAGGGCGGAAAGGAGGCCGGUGGUCUCGUUGCCCACGAUGACGGUUUCGCCCUGCUCACCAACGAGGCUAUGCCCUCCGGUACCACCAACGCUCCCCCCAGCGACACCCCCGUGCCCGUGCUCUACCGCUACACCGACGGCAAGCAGAGCUGGAAGACCUGGCUGGGUGGACCCGACGUCCACGCCGACGAGGGUCUGGCCGCCUCCCCCGACAUGAACGGUGACCUGGUCUACUCCGAGAAGGCCGGUCUCUACGGCGCCUACGUCGUGGUGACCGACUACGAAGGUGAUGCGGCUGGCCACUUCGGUGACAGCAUCCAGUACGUCGCCAAGGACGGCACGCUCAAGACCAUCUCUGGCGCCAGCAGCGCCUGGGGAUGCAGCCACAACACCGGUAUUGCCUUCGAGGAGGCCGACGAGGCUCCCUUCGCCAGUAUCUGUGCUGAGGACCAGGGCGCCAUCUGGCUGAACACCAAGACCCAGGGUAUGACCACCGACGGCGUCAAGAUCUCCAACGAGAACACCACCAACGGUGCCGGUGGUGAGGCCAUGGGAGGCAUGUCCGGUUCCUACAGCUCUCUGGCCCGCUUCGCCGAGUCCAGCCGCUACAUCUUCGCGUGGGUGUCGCGUGGCGCCAUCGACGUCGCCGACAACGAGUGGAUGGGAGCUGGAUACACCACCGUCCAGAACCGCACCAACAACCGCAACGUUGCCAUCUCCAUGCUCUCCGACAAGUACACCCAGGUCGGCCAGCAGGCCACCUCCAAGGUCGGCUCCGAGGACGGUGACAGCCAAAUUACCUGGUUGACCGAGGGCGACAACGACUGCUCCAACGCCCACGCCGCCACCUUCGGCAACGGCACCGCCCUCGUCACCUGGGAGGAGAUCUCCAACCCCACCUGCGACUUCAUCGCCAUGGGCUGCCGUGGCGAGUUCGCCGGCACUUUCUACCAGCAGGUCGACUCCGACGGCAAGAAGGUCGGCAGCCCCUUGAAGAGCGAGGAUACCUACGUCGCCGGUGACAUGGUCACCAUGGGUGAUGGCCGCAUCUGCUGGCCCUACGUCAAGAUGGACUGGGACCUGUCCCAGGCCGUCAACACCUUCGGCGGAUCCUCCUCGUCCAGCACCAAGUCGCUCAGCUUCGCCUGUCUGUCUCUGUCCGGAUCCUCCUCUUCCUCGUCCUCGUCCUCUUCGUCCUCCACCACCAAGAAGGCCGCCGCCGCUGCCGCCACCACCUCCGUCAAGUCCCAGGCUUCCACCCUCGUGACCAAGGCCCAGGUCGCCCAGACCACCGCCGUCGCCGCUGCUCAGCAGAGCUCCGCCGCUGAGGAGGUUAACACCAGCGUUGGACAGGUCUCCCCUAUCGAGGCCACCUCCGCCGCCCAGGAGAACGUCGCUGCCCAGCAGACUACCGUUGAGGCCGCUCAGGCUACCGUCGGCGUUGUCCAGGAGAAGAGCGCCGCUGCCCAGGAGACCACCGUUGAAGCUGCUCAGCCCACUGUUGAGGCCCAGCAGACCAAGGCCACCGCUGUCGCCCAGCAGGAGACUACUGCCGCGGCCGCCCAGUCGACCGGCGGCUGGCGCCAUCGUCACCACGGCUUCCAGCCUCAGUGGUACCCCCAGGCUCCCCAGGCUGAGACCCGGCCCCAGGGAACUUGCCAGUUCAACUAA